AUGAUUGUCACAAAAUCAGGACGACGAAUGUUUCCAACACUUCAAAUGACAGUCACGGGUCUACAACUUCAUUCUUUAUAUUCAUUUAUUGUUGAUUUAAAGUGUGUUGAUCAGAAGCGUUAUCGCUAUUCAUUUCAUCAAAGCAAGUGGAUCGCUACCGGGCCAGGUGAACCAGAGCUCCCUUCUCGUGUAUUCCUACAUCCAGACUCGCCAGCUCCAGGUCGUCAUUGGAUGAAAGGGCCAAUAUCUUUUGAUAAGAUUAAACUUACAAACAAUCAAAUGGACACUCGAGGACAUAUCAUUGUCAACUCGAUGCAUAAAUAUCAACCACAAAUUAGCAUAUUAAAACAUAAUAGCGUUGAAAAACGAGAGACUUUUUCUUUUCCCGAAACCACGUUCAUUGCUGUGACAGCUUAUCAAAAUCACAGGAUAACUUCACUAAAGAUUGAGCGAAAUCCCUUCGCAAAAGGUUUUCGUGAGGGUGAUGUCGAUGAUGAGAUGCGUGGUCAUCUCAAUCUUUUCAAACCAUUUUUCUCCUCGAUUUCUUCACAUUUUCAGUACUCA